AUGUUGGAAGACUAUGGUAUUAUACAAGAUGUACUGACAGUUUUUUGUGAUAACACCAGUGCUAUAAAUAUUUCAAAGAAUCCUGUUCAACAUUCUCGAACGAAGCACAUCAAUAUUCGACAUCAUUUUAUCCGAGAAUUGGUGGAGAACAAGACUGUCGUGUUGGAGUAUGUAACUACAGAGAAGCAACUAGCAGAUAUUUUUACAAAGCCUCUUGAUGCUGUUCGGUUUGAGGCCUUACGGACAGCUUUGGGCAUUUGUGUAACAAAUUUCUCCAAAAUGGUGAGGACCCGAAGCAAUCGAGUGUUCAAUCAGUUUUCCCCCAAGAAAUCUUCCGUGCCGUCGAAGAAGGUGAAGUUUUCUGCCCCACGACAAGAUGCUCACGCCUUUGCUGAAAACGAACCUAUCCCACUUGCUUGCCUUCCUCCGUCAGCCAUUGUUCCUUACUCCAAGGCUCCAUUUUGCGACGAAGGAGAUGAGAUUUAUUCUACUCCACGCGGGUCUUCAGAGCAAGAAAGUAUUGCUCCCAUUGCCCCUUUAUUUCCGUCUCCCGACAUGCCGAAUUUGGGUGAAAAUCGGUCACCAACCAACUUUUCUAAGCCUCCGAAGGUUGUUACGGAUCAGGUGUUUGCUGAAAUGCCUCAGAGAGAUAAUCUUCCGGAUUUAUUGAAAUUUGCAGCAAGACCGGGUUUUCCAUCAUGGAGCUCUCAUUCUCAUGCAUUCCAACAAGGUUUGAGGCCUCAGUUUACACCGAGUGUUGACAACCAGAAUCCUGAGUCAUCUUCAAAGAAGCGGUCUCGAUCUUUUAGUGAAGAAUCCCUACACCCAUGUGUUCUUUCUUCGGAUGAUGAGGAAGAAGUUUUACUGGAAGCCAUGGAACCAGUGGAAAAGGAGAA